GUGUUGCAGAUAAUUAAAUUAAAUUUGAUUUUAGUAGGGGAAUACACUGUAUAAUAUAUUACACCGUUUAUUGCAUUUCUUCGUUAUUCACAAGUCGCACUUACUUGACUCGUAAAAUAACUUGCCGUAACGUUUCGGUGUUAAUAUAAAAUUAUAUAAUUUUUUUCCUAUCAGCUGCAGCGAUUUUUAUUAAGGAUGACAUUCAAAGGAAGUUUUAUCAAAAUUAUAGUUUUGUCGUUUUUCGUUUUGGCAAUAACUACAGUCAUAAACGGAAAACCCGGAGUAACCGAAGAGACGACUACAAUAAUAGGAUGCUCGAAAAAUGUCAACGUGACCCCACCAGCAUUUGUCGAAAUGGAACGUGUCGUUCCAGGAGAGGAAAUGGAAUAUGUGGAAGUAACCGUAGAACUGGAUGAAGGGACAGAAGUAAAUCAAGGGACAGACUUAACAAAACGCACCCUUGUGUUCAACGGUGUGGGAAAUCCAGAAGGUGUAAUUGGAAAUACAGAUAUGGACAUUAUAUGGUAUAGAUUAGAUGAACUGUACGUCAACGGCACAGCAUUUCCAGUAAUUAAUGGAAACAAGGGAAUAACAAUCAAGUACCAUGAAGAAGGAGGAAUCACAGUGAAUGGUCAAAAAAUAGAUGGAUUCGAAACUAUAAAAGGAAGGGGAAAAACUCAUUUGAAAUUGAAAAAAAUGAAAACUGUCGGUAUGUUACGUUACUGUGUCUGGUACCUAUUUAAUUCAUUGAUUGUUAUAAAUGUACUAUUUUCCAACCCGUGGAAAUACUCUAGAAAGUUGUAACAUUCGUGGAAAGUCGUCAGAAAAGAAGCCAGCUGAUGUACAGUUAGCGGGUCCAUAAUUCAUCUACACUCAAUUUAAAAAAUAAUACAUAUUGUACCUAAUUAUGACUAUUUUAUUAACACCUUACAUGUUAAGAGUUAUAAUUAUCUUUUAUGUGUUACACGAAUUAUUUAUGUUUAAAAAAUAUAUUAUAAAUUAAUUGUUUAUAAUCAAGUUUUAACACUUUUUACGUAUAAUACAUUUCCAUUAAAACGUAUUUACAUAGUAUAACAACAUUUUCUUUGAUAUAAUGUUUGAUGGCAUAACAUAAUGUAUUCAUAGUUCAUACAUAAUAUAUUCAUUUAAUUAUGAUUGACUUUUUGAUUCCUAUUAAAGUAAACCGGCCAAAAAUCACACAUUGCUCCCUGACUAAAACAAUUAAAAUCUAUUUGUUCCAGAAAAGUUUCUGUAAGAAUAAAUCUGUAAUAAAAAAUGUGCAUUAUAGUUUAAACU